AUGGUAGAAGUUGCUGAUAACCUGGUUGCUUAUGACCGGAGGAAUGAGUUUUUGAAUAUUCCUGAAAAUGAAAUCCACGUUAUCACAGAAGCUAUCGAUAAUUAUAAGCCAAAGUUGAGUGUUCAAUUCAUCGAUUUUCAGCAUGUGAAAAGAAGAAAAGCAACUGUAACAAAGGAUGGAAAAGUGAGAAUUUUGACAAAUGUAAAGCAUCAGCAGAAAGCGAAAAUUGAAAAUGUCAAAGUGGAUUCUGAAGUUAUUCAGCUCCGCUUCGGUGGUGGCUCAAAGGCUCACUAUCCGUAUAACCGCGUUGUGGAUUGGAGACGACGAAACGAACAAACAUUAGAAGAAUCACAUGAGGAGACAACCACACCUACAAAACCAUCACUUCCUCCAGUGACUCCAAAAUCUUGGGCGAAAACAACGACGACUACAUUGGCACCGUACUCGGCCGAGCCGGCACUGAUUCUGCCGUCUCGAUUUCAUCGAAAGAAAGAAGACGUGGUGAUUGUUUUCAAGAAAAAGCAGAAGGCAUAA